ACCGCCAUGUUCUUCCUGGGCUUCUUCGAUAUACUCGUUCUCGCCCUGUCCUUAGGGAUACUGUUGCUCAUUACUGUCCCUCUGACCGGAACGCUAGUGCGAUUCCGGGCCAAUUACAAUCCGAAAGGUCUGCAGCUAGAUGCUGAAGGGGGCGCGCAACCACAUACAGGCCCCAUGGUCACCACUUACUUUGGUAUGAUGCGAAGGGUGCUACGGAUCGAGGGCUGGGCUGGAAUGUACAAGGGCUUCAUGCCUACUUUACUAUCAGCCCUCUUACUUACGUUGUUUGCGGUUGGCUUUCUCGGAGAGUCGCCCUCAAGUCCCCGUCGUACAGGAUUGUACCAUGGCCCUUCUGCCGGAAUCAUACCAACUCUGAUUUACAGCAUCUUUGACAUGCUUGUUUCUCUGCCAGCUGUGGUCAUCACAUACCGUUCCGUCACUACUCCACACAAGCUACCCUGGUUCAAACCAAUGGUCUCUCUGCGUGUCCUUCUCACUCCGACCGAAAGGCGCAAACCCUGGAUGCUAUACUUAACUCCCGGCCUUAUGCUUACUCAAGCUGUGCAUAUCACUUACGUUGUCGUAUUCCUGCGCCCCCUUGGUAGGCUUAUCCUACCUCGUCAAGAAGGCUCAGCUGUACCAGACUUCUCCCUCUGGCGCCUGGCACUCUAUCUUGUCCUUGUGCUUUUCAGCACGGGUAUAUUGACCCCAUUGGAAGUGAUUGCCACGAGAUUAGCCAUCCAACGUAAUCACGCCUCACCGGAGUUCAACUCCGUCUCGCAAGAGGAGGAAGGGGACGCCGAAGAAGUCGCUGAGUACGCUGGCGCUGAAGAAGAUGUCAUCGGACUCCGAAGUGAAGCAGACCCUUACAUGGGUAUGGUUGAUUGCGCUAGAAGCAUUGUGAAUGAGGAAGGCUGGACAGCCUUGUAUCGUGCUUGGUGGCUAACUCUACUGGGCGGCCUGGCAGCCGCUGGUUCGUCGUAGAAUCUGGUAUACGAGUUACUCAUUCUCCUUCCCGCAUUAUCAAGAGAAAUACUCAUGUCCACAUGUAAUGAUCUCGCUACGCUGUUGAACACGUUGUAUUGUUGGUUGCAAGACUUUAACGAUAGUGCACUAAGGCUCACAAUACUGCC